UCAUCCACUGCUCAUUGUCCUUCCCUUGUUGCAGCACACUGUUGCAAAGCCUGUUGUCAUUCACCUGUUUUGAUCAGAUAUAUUGUGAGUGAAAUGGCUGCAUUGAUCAGGAGGAUUAUCAGCACAACUAAAGCUCCUGCUGCUAUCGGCCCGUACAGCCAGGCAGUGGUGGUAGAUCGGACCAUGUACAUCUCAGGUCAGCUGGGGAUGGAUCCUGCCAACGGGCAGUUGGUGGAAGGUGGCGUCCAGGCGCAAACCAAACAGGCUCUUGUGAAUAUGGGUGAAAUCCUUAAAGCAGCUGGGUGCGGUUAUGAGAAUGUUGUGAAAACCACAGUGCUGUUAGCCGACAUGAACGACUUCAACAAUGUCAACGAUGUGUACAAGCAAUUCUUCAGCACCAACUUCCCAGCCAGAGCUGCCUACCAGGUUGCUGCUCUUCCCAGAGGUGGACUGGUUGAGAUUGAAGCAAUUGCUGUUUUGGGCCCUGUGACCGAUGCAUCCUAAUAAGAACAUCUAUCAAACAAUAAAAACAUCUGAAAACUCAUUAUAUCACUGAAAACUAUGUGCCUUGAUUUGUGGACCAAGCAAGCAUUGAUUU